UUUCAAGACAUGAUCAACUUUUAGAGAGAUGAAGUAAAAUUUAACGACAUUUAGUGAGUGGCAACAUAUGUGUAGUUACCGUUCGCGUGGAAGUAGUGGCGAGUGUUAACAAUGCCUCCAAAAACGAAAAAAGGAGCAUCUGCUAAAGAAGCAAAAGCAGCUACUCCUGCUAAACAGACUAAAGCUGAAAAACCCAAAGAAGAGAAGAAGGAUGCUCCGCCAGCUCCAAAAGUUGCUCCUAAAGGUGCCGAAAAAGUUGUUCCCAAGGGUAAGAAAGUAGGUAGUGUUACUCAGGCUAAGGCCAAAGCAUUAGCAGCAAAGAAGAAAGUAGUGAAAGGAGCUCAUGGCACAAGGACAAGAAAAAUUAGAACAACAGUACAGUUUAGACGACCACGUACAUUGAAACUCAUGAGGAAUCCUAAAUAUCCAAGGAAAAGUUGUCCCAGGAGACCACGAUUUGACCAGUGGUCCAUUAUAAAACAUCCUCUGACAACUGAAUCUGCUAUGAAAAAGAUUGAAGACAAUAAUACCUUAGUAUUUAUUGUGCACAAAAGGGCAAACAAACCGCAAGUCCGGAGUGCUGUUAAGAAGUUAUAUAAUAUUGAUGUUCAGAAAGUUAAUACCUUGAUAAGACCUGAUGGACAGAAGAAAGCAUACGUUAGAUUAGCUCCAGAUUAUGAUGCAUUAGAUGUAGCUAAUAAGAUUGGAAUCAUAUAAUGCAAAUAGAAACAAAAAAUGUGGUUUUUCAAAUAAAGUAAUUUAAAAAAAAA